AUGAUUCAAUCUAUGCAUAUUGGAAAAUUUUCUAAAUUGCAAGGGCAAGAAGCAUGGGAUGCUCUUCAAGAGUUAUCAGUUAAUUCCCAACAGUGGAAUUAUUAUGAUCCUAGGUCUAGAUCAAACAGUUCACCAAAGAGGGGAGGAAAAUAUGUUGUAAAAAAUGACUUUGACAUAAGAACAUCAAUUGAAAAAUUAGAGAGAAAAGUAAAAGCCUUAGUAAUAAGUCAAACUAUGAAUUAUCAUGUGCAAUCUAAGAAAGAUGUUUGUUCUUUAUGUCGUUGUCACAAUUCCCAGUCAUGUCCUUCUUUCCAUGAAACAUUUUCUAAAGAAGCCAAUGCUUUACAUUCGUAUGGGAAGACUUCUGAAAGUCCAUUCUCCUCCACUCAUAAUCCUAAUUGGAGAAACCAUCCAAAUUUUUCUUGGAGGCAAAAUCAGCCUCAAAUCAACCAAGGGCAACAAUUUAACAUGCCGAACCAAAGUCAUGCCCAACAAAACCAGUCUUACUCUCAACAAAGAAAACCUUCUUUAGAAGACACUCUACAACAGUUCAUGCAAUCUACCCACCAAAUCCUCCAAAAUCAGUCUCAAUCUAUUGCCAAACUCGAGACUCAAAUGGGUCAAAUUGCAACUACUGUCACUGAAAGAGAAAGAGGCAAACUUCCUAGCCAACCCAUUCCAAAUAUGAAAGGUCAAUAUGAAAUAGGAAUGCCUAGUCACAAUGAAGAAGCCAAAUCUAUUUUAACUCUUAGGUCUGGAAAGAAUAUUGUGAAACCUGAUUAUACACCUCAAGUUGAGAAAGAUAAAGAAAAGAAAAGAGUCAACCUGAAAAUUCCUGCCUACUCAAAAUUCUUGAAGGAUCUUUACACUAUAAAAAGAAACACUAAUGUUCCAAAAAAGGCGUUUUUAACUGAACAAGUUAGCUCUAUAAUUCAAUACAAAACUCAUGUAAAAUAUAAAGAUCCUGGUUGUCCCACAAUUUCAUGCAUCAUUGGUGAUCACAUUAUUAACAAGGCUUUACUUGAUUUAGGAGCUAGUGUGAAUUUACUGCCUUAUUCUGUGUACAAGCAACUUGGUCUAGGAGAAUUAAAACCAACUUCUAUAACACUUCAAUUAGUUGAUCGUUCUGUGAAAAUUCCUAGAGGUAGACCAUUUUUAGCUACAUCUAAUGCAAUUAUUAAUUGUCGUAAUGCUGUGUUAAAAGUAUCUUUUGGAAACAUGACUAUUGAAUUGAAUGUGUUUAAUAUUGCCAAGUCUGUUGAGUGUGAAGAAAUACAUGAAAUGAACAUGAUUGAAAAUGUUUUUGACAUAGAAGGAAAUGAAUCAUUUGAAAAAUGUGCAAAAUAUUUUGAGUCUGCACCUUUAAUGAACAUUGAACAUUGGAAAACCAAAAUUGAACCUUUUUCACCAUUAGAACGUGUUCAAUCAAUUUCUAAGCCACCAAAGUUAGAUCUUAAGCCUUUACCAAAAUCUUUGAAAUAUGCAUUUUUAGGAGAGUCCAAUACUUACCCUGUCAUCAUUCCAUUUGAUUUAGAUAAAGAGCAAUAA